CAAUACGCCAGUUUCACGUUACUGCGCAGAGUCCCUCUGCAUGGCAGCGCCGGUACCGGCGGGCGCGGGGAAUCCCCGGGUUUUGUCUCGCGCGUAAUCCAAUUUGGCGGUUGCGGCUCGAGAGCCCCGGCGCGGCGCUCCACGCGCCGCCGCGAGCGCGGACUUUGUGUUUGACUCGCGGACCGAGAAGCGGCAGUCGCGACUCAUGCAAAACAACCGGCGCGUUGUUUUACACAGGAGACUAAAGCGAAUUAAAAGGAGAACUAGUCAUUGAUGAGUGAGAGCAUCGUAGAAACAAGUUUUGGGAGGUCACGUCGUCAGCGGUGACAGACAGGUCUGACGCUCUUGUGCUCCAGCAGGCAGCCGCCGAGCGACUUCGACAUGGCGCUAAGCGGGACGCUCCUGCCCUCCAUAUCCACGUUCGCCAGCGGCCCCGCCGGCGUGAGGAGCAAAUCGGCCGGAGCGGCAGCCGGACUGGCCGCAUCGAGAUGGAGAGAGGAGUUGUCCCAUCUAAAGAGACCAUGUGGACCUUCAUCUGGAGGUUACCCCGAUCACGACAUUCACGCAAAUUUGGUCAAGAAGGAUCCUGAAGACCUGGAUCUGCUGGACUAUGACUUCAUCUUAUCCAACACAAUGCAGCAGCAGCAACAGCAGCAGCAACAGGAUUCAACAGUGGGCAGUUGCCGAAACUUGCCCACCUCCCCGGCUUCCUACCAGUUGCCCUCCCCUCAGGGCACGGCAAGCGACGUUCUCUACACAAUCCCAGAUGUCAAUGACGUGCCCCCGUCAGGGGGCUUUGUAGCAGAACUUAUGAGACCUGAGCUGGACCCUGCUUAUUUGCAGCCCACCAGUCUUCAUGGAAAGUUUGUAGUCAAGACCACCAUGGACAUGGCGGAGUACAGCCAGAGCAUUAAUGUCGGCAAAAGCAGCACUUCCCUGGAGCCCUCUGUGUCAUUUGUUUGCCCCAGGAUAAAGCAGGAGAACCCUAGCACGUGCACCAUUAGCCAGCCAAUGGACACCCACCACGGUGUUAACUCACAUCCUGGGACUUGCCAAAGACCUCUUCUUGGCCCUCAUGAUUUUACCUCAGGCCGGCCUCGGGUAGCCAGCCAGACGUCAGCAUCCCUUCCCCAAGAGGUUAUGAGCAGAGACCACCUCCCCACCGCUCAGGUUUUAAGCCACCCACCACUGCCUCUCUCCCAAGGCUACCAUAUUUCUGCGGGCUACCCUCCUUUCCAGGCGCCUCCAUCCCUGCAGUACCAAGGUCAGUCCUAUCUCACUGUUUAUGAAGAACCUUUGCACAUUCCACCUUUGCUGCCUGAGGCGAUGCUCACCCCACCCUCUUCACCCCUAGAGCUCUUGUCCCCUGGGGACUCUUUGCCAGAGGAGCCUAAACCCAAGCGAGGGCGCCGUUCAUGGCCCAGAAAAAGGAUAGCUACCCACACAUGCGACUAUGCAGGCUGUGGCAAAACGUACACCAAGAGCUCCCAUCUCAAGGCACAUCACAGGACGCAUACAGGAGAGAAGCCUUAUCACUGUGACUGGGAGGGUUGUGGCUGGAAGUUUGCCCGCUCUGAUGAGCUUACACGCCACUACAGGAAACACACGGGCCAUCGCCCUUUCCAGUGUCAGAAAUGUGACCGUGCUUUCUCAAGGUCCGACCAUUUGGCUCUGCAUAUGAAACGGCACUUAUAGGACUUGAUCCUCUUUGGAAGGGGAAAGCUCAAAGUGAACUGGUGACCUAUCGCACAUUGCCUUCAGACUGCGACCCUACGACACAAGCUCUUGCCAAUGUCAAAGGAAUCUCAUCUAGGGCUUGGACAUCAAGAUGUUUUUGUUGGCUUCCAGUGACCUAGAGAUUGCUCAAGACCCAUUAAGAUCAGUUUGUGUUCCCUGGGACUUAACUGGAAUCCCUACACUGACAAGACUUGGAGGACCAAGUGCCAAAGCGACUGGAAAUGUAUGAAUUUCAGGGAAAAUGCAAACAAGUGACUACCAGUAACUAAGAGGCCUUCAACUGUUUCCAUUCCAUUUGUCUUCUAGAACACACCAUUUGUGUGUUGUAUUUAAUAUAACUUCUGAUAUUGACCUAAUAAGCCAUUAAAUUUGGGUACAGAAUAAUUUAAAGUAUGUUACAGAAUGGUGCUCAGAUUUGUGUAUUUAAUGGUACCAAAGGAACAAAAGACGCAGCUUAUCUUUCUAGUGCCAUAUGAAUAUCUGUGAGGAUCUCAAAGUUUAUUCCACAUGCUUGACUUCAAUCAGGUGAAUGUUUUGCUUCUCGGCAGUGAAGUCAGUCUUCUCUGUGCUGUGGUUGCAAAGUGCAAUAAUUUAAAA